AUGCCCUAGGUGACAGCAGAGCCGUAGGAGCUUUUUUUGCCAAUGGACCUCUUCCAACGCAGUGAGCACCAGGCGAUUGCUUACAUCAAGCUAGCCAGUGUUUUUCAUAGUAUGACUUUAUUUAAUCGUAUUUAAAAGUAGGGAGGCUCCCUAUUUUAAAAGGACUUCGCGUUGCGCCACACUUUGGACAGCCCAGGAACCUCUUCAGCUUCUCCCAACGUUGGCUUCUCCGAACGUUAGUUGGCUUCUCCCCAUGGCUUCCCACUGCUUCCCGUCUAUGCGUAGUUUGCGCUGGCCGUUCCCUGUCCAUCUGUCGCGACCAGUUCUUGAGGUCGUAGGCCCCCGCUCCGCGCGGGCCCACAUCACCGUCGUGCCGAGGGCGACGCCGAAGUCAACAGCAGCGAGUCAGAGACUGCAGUGAGCGCGGAGCGGCCAUGUCUUCCCCAGAGGGAGAUCGGGGCGGCGCGUGCACCACGUCUCGGGUGUCGCAGUUCGUGGACGACGCCUGUCUCAAGCAGGUUACCCUGGACGACGCCGAAGAGACGAAAGCUCUGCGCGAAGACUCGGUCGGCACCACGGACCCGCGCGUGGUGCUGGCCUGCCGGCGCUCUUACCCGCUCAGCGCCGUCGGAGCGCUCCGGCUCGCGCUCUUGGCUACCUCCCUGCUGAGCUUGGCGUGCCUGGCGAGUGCCGGCACGGGGGACUACGACGUGCUGGAUCUGCCUCUGGCCGAGCGCGUUCGCCUGCACAUCUUUGCCUGCGUGUUCAGCUUCCUGCUGAUGGCCGCCCUGGCACUGGCCGACAUCUCUUCGCUCGUACUGCCCUGCAACUGGGUUCUGGUGGACACAGUUUCGUGCGGUGCAUGCGGCCUGCUGCACGUGGUGUCAUCGUCGCUGCUGCUGCACAGUGGGCACAUGUACAGCCAGAGCCCCCUGGUGGCAGAGCGGAGCGGCAGCCUGUUCGCUGUGGCCGGGGUGCUGGGGCUGGCGUGCGCCCUGCUGCUGCUGGGCCUGGCGGCGGUGCGCUGGUGUCAGCCCUCCGGCCGGCUCUGGGGGACUCCCGCGACGGACAUCAUGAUGGCACCCAUGGCCGCCAGCUGAUGGCACCAGCCCCAAGCUGCCCGUCGAGUGUUGUGAAUCUCGUGGAUGCGCGUCGGCCGAGACUUUGCCCAGCUGCCCGACUCUGGCGCGCCAUUUCGUCCCGCUUCCGGCUCGUCUGCUCUAGAGGCGUGAAAGUUACGGAAGGUUUAAAUGGCCAAGAGAUAAACAUUUUUUUUUUUUCCUUUUUUUAAGCUUUUUUUAAAUUGAAAGUUUGGAAAGUUGAGCGCGUUCUCCUCGAUGUCUCGGGGACAGAUCUUUUACGGGUGGUGGACGUGCGCCGGGAAAGUCUGCGCAAUAUUUUGCUGGACUUGAGAGCUGCUCGCUUCUCGUCCACGGUGGAUUCAUGCGACGAAUUUGUUUACGAAUGUUUGACCGCGGACAAAUCGUUUCGCGAAAGUUGCUGGAAGUUGCCACAUCAACGUGCCAAAACAAUGAAAAACGUCGCUAGAAAACUACGCCACCGAGUGUUGGCUACUGUUUCAAUGAGUUACGUUAUUGCCUCUUGAAAAGCAAGCCGAAGCUGGAACUGCAAAGAUGCAAAGACGGGUGUUGUGUAGCAGUCCACUGGAAGUGGAGAGGUCCCUGGUUCGAUACCAGGACUAGGCAGAUUUUUUCAGUCGCGCACCAGUCACCUAACUUGUGUUUGGAGAUUUGUGUUUGCUUUAUUAACCCUUUGACAAUCUAUUCUUUUCUUUUUUCCCCCCGAAAGAUGGGGGAUCGGUGGCCGAGUGCGCUAGCGCUCACCAGCUCGGUGCGCGUGGAGUGAAAGCUCAUGUUCUAGAACCCAGGGAUCCUGGGUUCAAUCCCCACCGCUGCACGUUUCGAUCUGGACGAGCAUAUCGUACCGGCAUGCGGUCGCAUACCACUACUGCGUGGUGCACGUUAAAGACCCCAGGCCAGCGGUUGUACUGUACUGGCUAAAUUUCUCAUUAACAGUGAAACAAGUCGCCCGUUACUUCAGGCUGUAAAACAUACACACAACUUAACUAGGUAUUAUUAUUGAUUCCCGAAAGAUGUUUCCCAGUGGUCUGGUUUUGUUUGCACAGGUAUGUAUAGAAAAAAGGGUCGAUGCACAGGGUUCUUUUUGUUUUCUAGCAGGAGCACAUACAGUGUUUGCAAGCUGUUUAGGUUUAGGAGAAACAAAUGAAAAUAUUGAAGUCGAAAAGUUGUCACCUUUCUUUCAUCCGGUUCUGCAACAUUCCAGGGACUUCAAAUUCCUGACCGGAGGUACUUUGCAGAACUUCUUCAUCGGAUGACGAGCUCUCCUCUAAAUUUAAGUCCGAAAAGCGUUGGAAGUCUGCAUCAGAAGAGCCAGUGCUCCCAUUGACACCACCGUAAGGAGCGAUCGGUAUGCAAAGUGAGCAUUACACGUGCAGAGCAUCUGAUUUCAGAAAUACCAAUAGCCCAACCAUGCGAAACAAUGUGCAAAUACUAUGUUUAUAGUUCACCAAAGACAUAACAAAGAGCAACACCUCCCAUGGUGUGCAUAAUUUUGCGUUUAGGCGGGCACUUUGAAAUGUGUAAUCACCGUUGUACGUGUACAAUUGUCAAAGGGUUAAAAAAAGAUUUCUCGUUUUUACUUGUUCAGUUUGCAUUACGCUUUACGGGUCUUUGUGUCAUCUUCAUUGCCAUCCACCUGUGUCCAUCGUUAUGGCCUCUCGCUUGCGCGUCUGCUGCAUGUCAGCCAUACAGGAAGUGCAUCAGCUUGGCAUUCAAAGGACGGUCUCCCAAAGGAGGGAACUCCUGCUAGUCUAUACCUUGUGAAAGGAUGCAAGGGAGUGUGCAACCGCCAAACGCUGGGCACCAAUACGACGUCCCACAGGUAGCAAGGGGGUGUACCUGGCGAAAUGAAGAGUGCAAAAAUGGUCGAAGGAACAAAAAUACCAAGGACUAAUUUACAACUCAAUUGAAUAGAAAAAAAAAAAAAAGUAACAUGAAGUCAAACGCAAAUGCACAGCCACACCAAUGUUAUGAACCAAUGGCUUCACACUGUCUUAUAUAGGCUAUCUCACUUUUAGACAGUCCAGUUGAUGUUGAACAAUUGAUGGGUCUGUGAAUCGAUUCCCCGCCAUUUGCACUGCACGAAAGUGAGAUAGCAUAUCUCAGUCAGUGUGAAGCGAUUGGUUUGUAACAUUAGAAUAGUAGUAUGCUUGUUUUUGCAGGUUUGUGUUUAUUUCUAUUAAACUUUGUUGCAAGACAGCACCUUGUGUGUACAUUUCGUUGACUUGUCUAUUUCUGCACUUUUCUUUUUUUGCCAUGCAUGAGUGGACAAUGGGACCUUAGGGUGGACAGGUGCAAUGUGUUGUUGCCUAUAGCCCCCAGUUUGCAAAUGCACAUUUCUUUUCGUGUGUGUUACUGCUGUGUGUGUAUAUUGUGGAGGAUAUUCCUGGAAGUUUGCUGGCAGACCAAGCUUUGUUUCUGAAUCCAUGGUCAAUUGUUUCCUCCAAACAUAUCGGCUCUCUGGACGAGCGUCUUUUUGGCCGUGUCCCGCCGACUGGAUCGGUGUUUCGUUUGUUAAUUUAUUUAUUUACAGUGCUGACAGCAUUACGUUUAUUUAUUUACGAUGCUCAGGAGUGUUCAUCUUGGAAGAAAAAAAAAAUAAAGCCAUACAACAAUUGUCAUCA